AUGCCACCGCCGUCGCCAUCAACGUCCAUCUCGCCGGAGAACGGGGAUCUAGUGGCGCUCUCAGGCCGGUGCUCCACGAAGCGCAACCUGCGCCUCCUUCACGGCGCUCUCUUACGACGCCGCCACCUCCUCCCGGCUGCCGACGCCGUCGCGGCGCUCGCCAAGCUCCUUCGGUUCGCCGCCGUCUCCCCCGCCGGGGACCUCCGCCAGGCCGCCGCGAUCCUCUCCACCCACCUCCCGUUCAUUUCGUCGGCGUCCUCCCACCCCACCUUCUUCUACAACACCCUCAUGCGCGGCCUCGCCGCUUCAUCCUCGCCCAGCGACGCCAUCGAGCUCUUCACCGUGAUGCGCCGCGCUGGCGCCGCGCCUGACGCCUUCACCUUCACCUUCAUCCUGAAGUCCUGCUCUCGCUGCCCUUCGCGCCGGCGGCUACCUUCCGACCUCCACGCCCAAGCGAUCAAGCACGGCUGCCUCGGGAAGCUCAGCGCGCACACGCACGUACACAAUGCGCUACUUCACGCCUAUGCGUGCCGGGUGUCUGUCGACGACGCCUGCAGGGUGUUUGAAGAAAUUCCGGUUCGGGACGUGGUCUCCUUCUCAGGGCUACUCACUGCACACCUCAAAGCCAAUGAUUUGGAUGCUGCGCGCGUUGUGUUCGACCAGAUGCCUUGCCAGGAUGUCGUUUCUUGGACUGCGAUGAUUUCUGCAUAUGCUAAGGCUUGCAUGCCACGGGAGGCCUUGGCAUUGUUUGAUGCAAUGCCAAUGCAGCCAGACGAGGUUACCAUGGUGAGUAUUGUGUCCGCGUGUACCACACUCGGCGACCUUGCAACUGGGGAGCGUGCGCGGAGGCUCAUUGAUUCCCAUGGUUUUGGAUGGAUGGUGUCACUUCGCAAUGCACUCAUGGACAUGUACGCUAAGUGCGGGUGCCUCCCUGAAGCACGAGUUUUGUUUGACGGGAUGAUGGUGAAGAGUUUGGCAUCUUGGAAUACACUCAUCUCAGCAUACGCAUCGCACGGCGAUCUGGACAACACGAUUGAUGUGUUCCAUCAGAUGUUGGCAGAAGGGAACACCGUGAAGCCAGAUGGGGCGACACUGCUCGCUGUGCUUAUGGCAUGUGCGUACAAGGGCUGUGUUGAGGAGGGGCGUGCCAUGUUCAAUGCAAUGCAGCGUGGGGACUAUGGCAAAGUGCAGCUCACUAUCGAGCACUACGGCUGUGUGGUGGACAUGCUUGGCCGGGCAAGUAAACUCGAGGAGGCAUACCAAAUGAUUGAGCAGAUGCCGAUUCCAAGCAAUGCUGUGGUCUGGGGUGCACUACUUGGUGCUUGUCGGACACAUGGGGAUAUCAAUAUGGCAGAGCGGGCUGUUCAGGAGCUAAGUAACCUAAAACCAGAGGAAGGUGGGUAUUACAUUUUGCUAAGUGAUAUGUACACCUCUGCCGGACGGAUAGCUGAGGCCACAGAGAUCAGACGUGCCAUGAAUGAGAGCAGGGUCCAGAAGACUACAGGCCGGAGCACGGCCUUUCUACCUCAACUGUAA